CUCUAUUUAAAAUUUAUUUGUUAAUUAUUUAACACAAAGAUUUUUAAUUUUACUUAUAUGCAUUUCUAAAUUUAAUCUAUUAUCUACCUGCUGUGAUAAUUUUCCUUUCGUUCUUUUCACUCCAUAUCAUAUAAAAUGGACACACUGCACAAUACAAUGGCGGGUAUGAUGGAGCACUUUAAUAAGACUAUGGCUGAGUUCCAAAACCAGUUGCGGAAGGCGAACAACACACCAGCUACUGUGCCUUCACUUGAAUCUGAUUUUGUCACUUUCCGAAGCUUUAUCACAACUGCACUCACUAGUCUUCAGAAGCAAGUGGAAAUUAUCGCCCGCCAACAAGAACAGAUGGAGAUGCGUAGUCGACGCAAAAUGAUGUUGCUGCAUGGAGUGCCGGAGUCACAACAGGAAUCUGUAGCCCAGGUGGUAGCAAAGAUCAUUAUGGACAAACUGGACAUAGAGGACUUCACUGCAGGUCAAAUCUCUCGGUGUCAUCGUCUUGGUCGAUCAUUAAAAGAGAAACCUCGUCCAAUAGUUGUGAAGUUCCGCGACUUAGACGUAAGGAAUGAGGUAUGGUAUGCUAAGACUAAACUUAAGGGCAGCGGGAUCACCAUGUCAGAAUUUAUGACUGCGGCCAGACACAGCGUAUUCAUGGCAGCUCGCCAACACUUUGGCAUUAAAAAGUGUUGGUCGCAUGAUGGCUACAUCGUUGUCGCUGAUGGUGAUGGUACAAGGCAUCGCAUAAGCUGUUGUAGUGAGCUAAACCAGCUGAUUAGCUCUUUGCCAGCCACAACAGUACAGUCUGCAUCGACCCCAGUUAUUGCCAAAGACCCUUCUGUUGCUACGGCUCGAUCUAAACGCCUUAGAAAGUAGUUAUUGUACAUUAUUAUUUUAUGUUGAGUUUUCUUGUUACUGUAUCACUGUAGUAUACGCACUUUCUAUUUUGUUUUACCCUAGCAAUUCUUAUUUUUUAUCUUACCCACGAAUUAUGUUUUAAAUAUAUUUUUCGUAAACAAUUAGAUCAAAUGUCAAUUAAGCUAAAGAAA